AUGACCGUGACGAACCCUGAAAUCGAACGCGACGACUCCAACACGACUCACGAUGCUGAAACGACAGCAACAAAAGUCGUCGAAAGGACGCCAUUGCCCAAGCUGCAAGUUUUCAUCGUUUUUCUGAUUCAGUUUGCGGAACCCGUUACGGCGACUGUAAUCUAUCCUUUCAUCAACGAAUUCGUUAGAGAGACGGGGAUUACCCAGGGCGACGAGACGAAAACGGGCUACUAUGCGGGGAUCAUCGAAUCUGUCUUCUUCAUCGCAGAGACCAUGACUGUGUUCCUAUGGGGUCUUUCGUCAGAUAUCUUUGGCCGGAAGCCAAUCUUGUUGCUGGGUCCUCUGGGUCUUUCGCUGGCCAUGCUUGGCUUUGGACUGUCGAAGACUUUCUGGUCACUUGUGUACUAUCGCUGCUUGCAGGGAUUUUUCAACGGGAAUAUCGGGGUAUCUAAGAGUAUACUCGCCGAGAUUACUGAUAAAACCAACAUUGGGGACGCCUACGCCUUGAUUCCAUUAAUGUGGAAUUCUGGCGUUACGAUAGGACCCAUUAUCGGUGGCAUUCUAACUCGUCCCGCAGAAAGAUGGCCAGAUACUCUGGGUAAAAUCUCGCUGUUACGAGAGUAUCCAUAUCUUCUCCCAUGUCUAGUCGCAUCAAUCAUCGCCUUCACUUCUUUCGCCAUUUCAGCUGUAGCUCUCAAAGAGACCCUUCCGUCUGCCAAAAAGACGCCUCUUCUCACUCGCCUCAAGCGACUGCUCAACAUUGAGAGCGAGAAGGACGAAUCCAAAAGACCCUUGCUUUCGACCGGUACUCCAACCGAGUAUGGCGCUAUUGCAGCUGACGCUGAAACAGGGAGUGUGCCUGCCAACGUACCCGCAAAAACUGAUGGUCGCCCCAAGUUGGGCGAGCUGUUCGUUCCUGGCUUCAUCUCCGUCCUCAUCAACUAUGGCAUCUUAUCCUUUGUCGACAUGGCCAAUGCAGCUCUCAUCCCUCUCAUCUGGUCUACACCAAUCACCUAUGGUGGUCUGGGAUUGGACCCCUAUCGCAUCGGCACUAUCAUGGCAGCAGAGGGCCUCACGAGCGGUUUCCUGCAAGUGAUGUUCAUGGGGUCGGCGAUGAGGCGUUUCGGUCCUAGACGGAUUCAUCGCGUAUGCUUCGUGACGUUUCUUGUUUCCUUCUGCUGCUUCCCCUUCGCCAAUGCGUUCGCACGGCAAGCUGGAUACGUCGAUUGGAAAGUAAUGUGCGUGAUCGCUGUACAAUUCGCUUCGUUGUGUUUCGUUUCUCCUUGCUAUGCGGUGGAAUUAUCUGACGAUGAGCGUCUUUCUGUAGCUGCAAUGUCGGUAUUGGUUGUCCAGUCUACCCCCAACCCCGGCUUGCUGGGUUCUGCCAAUGGUGUAGCCCAGAUGGUUACAUCUGGAAUGAGGUCAUUCGCACCGGCUGUCGCAUCCUCGCUCUUUGCAGUUUCGAUCGCACGAAACCUCGUGGGAGGAUGCAUGGUCUACGUCGUCCUUGUUCUCAUGGUACUGGCGGGCAUGAGAGUCACGCGGUCUCUGCCCAACCCUAGUCCUUGA